GACAUUCAAAGCAAAUGAUGGGCACCCCUUGGAGUAUAGAGAUCUUUAUGAUGGAGUAUUUCUCAAUGAUGUUAUGCAACAAAUAUCUGAGCUUUGCCGAGAUACGCAAGGCCCUCCUCCUGAUCCUGGGCUGCGCCGUGCAGUGUGAGCAGAAGGAGGCGUUCAUCGACAGGAUCAUGGCCAUGGACAUCGGAGCUCAGACUGAGAUCGUGGAGAACAUCAAGGAGGUGACAGAUGACUACGAGACCAUUUUGCCCACGCAGCGUCCCGAGUCGCCCACCAGCUCCGGCGUGUACCUGGAGAAGACGUUCCACCAUCUACACAGGCUCAUCAAGGAGAGGGACCAGUGCGCAGAGAAUGCAUCAUUGUUGCAAGAAGCCAGAACAACCAGAUCUUUGAAAGAUGAACUAGACAUACUCAAAGAAAAGUCUUCAAAAGUGGACAUGUACGAAAAGGAAAUUCUAAAGUACAAAGAGAGACUGAAUGAAUUGGAGUUUUACAAAGCUCGCACAGAGGAGCUGAAGGAAGACAAUUCUAUCCUUGAGGAAACCAAAGCAAUGCUGGAAGAUCAGCUGACUAACAGUCGAAAGAGGAUAGAGACAGUUGUGGAGCUGGAAACAGAAUUGGGGAAAUAUCGGCAGCAGAUAGAAGAGUACACAAGGGAGCGCAACUCUGAUCGAGAAAAGAUUGAUUAUUUAACAAGUGAGAAUGCCAGGCUGGAGUUUGAGAAAAAGUCCAGCAUGAAUGAGAGUGCUAGUUUAGAGACGGAACUAUCUGCUGCACGGUCACGGAUUGGAAAUAUGGGCGGCUCAUUAUCUGAGCAACUUUCUGAGACGUCACAUGCACGAGUCUUGCGGCUAGAACUGGAGAAUCAGCGCCUGUCUGCCAAAUUAGCAGAGAUGAAGGAGUCUGCCCUCAUACAGAGUGCAGAAAUCAGUCUAGAGCUGGAGAAAGAGAACCAGAGGCUAGCCAAGAGAGUUGAGAAACUCCAGUCGAGUGCAUGUGAAGCAUCUGAGCAAGUCAUUCAGAUGGAGAGUGAUUUCGCUUCUGUAAAAGAGGAGAAAGAGAGACUAACAAAUGCUCUUGAUGCUGUGAAGGAAAAUUCUGAGCGACAAGUGCGGGAACUGGAGAGAGAGAACGAGCAGCUGUCUCAGGCCUUGGACAACAUCCGAGAGCGGAGUGAGAAGACCAGCGACGUCAGGGUGAAGGAUUUGGAGCGAGAGAACAAACGCUUGCACGAGGUGGUGUCCGAUAAAAAUUCGGCCCUGAACAAACUGGAGUUUGAGACAAGACAGCUGCAGAGGAUGCAACAUCAGCUUCAGGGGAACACUGAGAGGGUCAAGGAGGUGGAACAAGAGAACCAAAGCCUGGAGAAGGAGAAUUCGGAGCUGCAUCAGAAGGUGGCAACAUUGCAGCACAGUGCGGAGAGACUGGAGGCCGUGGAGCAGGAGAACUCUGACAUGGGUGUGGAGAACCGCAAGCUUCAGAAGACGGUGGAGUCGUUACAGGCGUCCACACAGAGGAGGGAGCAGUUAGAGCAGGAGCACAUCUCUCUCAGUGUGGAGCAUCAGAGGCUGCAGAGAACCAUUGAGUCCCUCAGGGGUGAAUCUGAUCGAGCACUGGAGCUGGAGACAGAAAAGGCGGAAGUGGAACAGGAGCUGCAGCAGCUGCGCAAACAGCUGGAAGGUCAGAAGGUGCAGAAGCUCAAGCAGGAGCAGAUGGAGUUUGAGAUUAUUGACAUGAGCAACGAAAAUCAGCGUCUACAGAAGAGUCUGGAAGUGACCACGCGCAGGCUGCAGCAGCUGGAGAAGGACAACAACGACAUAGAGAUGGAGAGCGAGCGGCUCAGCAAGGAGCUGGACACCAUGAAGGUGGCGGUCAAGAGACUGGAUGGUCGGGACAAGGAGGCCUCGCAGAUGGAGGUGGAGAUGCAGAGACUGCAGAAAGACAAGGCUGGCGUGGAGAAGGAGAACAGGAAACUGAAGCAGACUGCGGAGCUGAAAGAUUCGUCACUGGAGGAAAUCAACGCCAAGUUUGUGUCUCUGGACCGGGAGAGCAAGUCCCUGCGACAGUCGGUGGACAAGAUGAAGGAGACCUGUGCCAAAGUGAGGGAAAUGGAGAAGGAGAACAAAGAACUGCUGCAGGAGCUGAACACAGACAGGAGGACUCUGGCCACGCUACGAGAGGACUUGGUCAAUGAGAAGAUCCACUCCCAAGAGCUGAGUAAUGAGCUGGACCAGUUGAGAGGGGAGCUAGAGAAGGUGGGCAUCAACACACAGAAGCUGACCAUGGCUGAGCAGACCAAUGAUGCCAACCGCUACAAAGCCUUGGAGUCGAUGAUCGAAGAGACGCUGCAGAAGAGCAACGAGCUGAAAGAAGAAAAAAUCCGCAGUCUGGAGAGCCGGCUGGAAGAGUCCAAGAACCGCAACACCAAGCUGCAGGAGUCCCUGAGAGGGGCGCGGCAGGAGUGCGAGGUGCUCAAACAGAGAUGUGAGGAGGAGGAGAUUGCCGGGAGGGCUGCAGCUUCUGCGGGCACACAGAGAGUCAGACUGCUGGGCUCAAAUUCAUCAAACUCUGCCAAAGAGGUUUUUGAAAUGAAGGACCAUCUAGUGGAAUUGGAAAGAAAUAAUGCCACAUUGCUGGCGGAAAAUGACAAUCUGAGAAGCAACAAUGGUCAGCUCAGCAACCAGUGCCAGAAGCUGGAGGGACAAUUGUCCAGCCUGCAGUCCCAGAGCGCCACGCUACAAGGCCAGUACACCAGCCUGAAGGAACAGAAUGCCAAACUGCAGGUGGAGUACAGCACGCUGCAGUCCCAGACCACCUCCAGCCUCUCCCUCCAGGACUCGCUCAAACACCAGCUCAGCCGGCUCGAGUCGGACCACGAGAAUCUGGGCCACAAGCACGAGGACCUGCUGGUCACCCACCGGUCACUCUUGACGGACCACGAGUCGCUGCAGCACCUGCACAACCAGCUGACCUCGGAGUACGAGGCACUGGUCUCGGAGCACGGCUCCCUCAAGUCCUUGCACAAGUCACUCAAGGGAGAGCUCAGGGAUGCUCAGGAUCAGCUGGACACUUUCCUGCAGGGCAAGGACGACGUGAACAAACUGCGAGACCUUCUAGAGCACGAGCGAGAACAGCUGAAACGGGAACUGCUCUCCGUGGGCAACCUGCAGGCAGACUACAGCCGUCUCCAUGAUGACCACAAACAAAUGCAGGCAGCUUACGACAAGCUCAGUCAAGAUUACAGUGACAUGCUGGGCUCACACAAACAGGUGAAGACUGACUACAACACGCUGCAGCUCAAGUCCACAGAGCAACAAGGGGACCUGAACGAGGCGAAGGAGAACCUGUCUGUGGCCGAGGUGGAGUUCCAGAAGCUGGAGAACAAGAUGGAUGCUGUGUAUCAGAUCAACGAACGACUGGAGAAUGAGAACCAAGCGUUGCUCCUGCAGAUUCAGCAGUUGUUGAACCAGAACCAAGAGCUGCUGACACAGGCACUCAACAGCAAAGAUCACUUUGCUGAGGAAGAGAAAGCAUAUCUGGAAAAACUUUCUGACCUACGCAGACAGAAAGAAAGGCUGGAAGAGAAGAUAAUGGAUCACUAUAAGAACAGGAUAUCACCAAAGAAGAAAGGAUUUGGAGCUCUUCUUGCCCGCAAGGCUCGAGGCAUCAUCUCAAGGACCCCGAAGCGCAGCAAAAGUCGGAACAACCUGUCGGAGCUGAAUGAUAACUCUUCUCAAGGUUCGGGGUCAACUGAACAGACCAACGACGCCCACAGACUAGAUAAACAACGGCAAAGCAGCUCAGGCCCUUACGCUGACGCCAGUCCCAAACUGGCCAAUCAGAAUAAAUCUCUGGCCAAAUCAUACACCGCUCUCCAUUCUCCUGUCUUUGAUAAUGAGAAAUCCGAGCUGCGAGGUGCUAAGUCUACAGAAGAUGUCCGAGACGGAGGCACGGGUGACACAGGUUUGCUCCCAGGCCUGGGUCGCCCGUACACCAUGGAUCAGGUGGAAGGCGGUAACGGAGGACGAUCGACCACUCCAGGGUUAGGCCGGAGAACCCCAGGGCGGUCGUCUCCUGGCAGCGAGAUGUUGACCUUGGACCAGUUCCUAAAGGAAGCCAACAAGUCGCCACGGAACAACGCCAACAACAGUAAUGAAAACAGUAGUAACGCUCAGGACGAGAUGGUACCUCAGAAUGCGGUACAGAGACGCCGCUCUAACGACAGUGAGUCCCGCAGCAGCGACAACUCUAACACCAGCGCCAACAAGCAGCUGCAGUACAGGCAUCAGCAGCAUCAGCAACAACGCCACCCAAGUGCUUCGACGAGCUCCAGCAGCCUGACUCAGCAGUUCCGACCAGACAUUCCCGAUGUGGCGUCCUCAUCUCACAACUCGCUAGCCUCGGCACUCGACCCCAAUUCAUCUCGACUGUCUCGUAAUUCUUCCGGUACCAUCCACGAUAGUUUUGGUUCUUCAGGUAUGUUGCCAGGAGACAUAUACACAUCGACUCCAAAAGCUGAGCAGGAUGUUUCCGCCUCGUCUCUGACUUUACAGUCCCACUUUAAUGGUAGUCCUACAACUCCAGUUACCAGACGCCGGGAUCCGUCUGCUGAUCGUCCUCUGUCUCAGAAACGAUUGUCAGGCGAAGACUGGAGAAAUUCCGCCCACGACUAUUCCAGCACAAAUCGACUGGGUCAGUUUGGGCAGCCAUCAUCCAGUUCACCACGAACUCCUCGGUCAUCCUCUUCUGCUUCGUCUCAGUCGUAUCAGCAGUCUCAGCCACCCCUGGGCCACACACACCCACACAAACAGAUGAGCAAUCCACAAUCAUCAUUUAGCGUAAACAGCAGCAAUAACAACAGCAGUAGUGGCAGCAGCAGCAUCAACAGUAGCAAGAGGAGUAGUAGAGAGUUGCCCCCUGCACCCACCGAGCCCCCUCCUCCGAUUCCAGCCACCGAGCGUCUUGACCGACUGACCAUGCUAUCAUCAGGUGACCCGAUGCCACCAUCUCACUACGCCUCGCCAAAUGAUCUCCCCAUCAACAAUAAUAACAGCGAUCAUUCUGGGCAUCACCCAUGGGGUUCUCAGUACCGAGACCCCCGAAAGUCUGAGAGCCCCAGGGCUACUGAGAGUGACUUUGGUCGUGGUGGGGACAUGUCAGCAGAGAUACAGAGGAGAAAAUCUCAGGGCGCUGCCGACAAACCACAGGGCCUCCCAAAUCAGUUCCAGCCUCCAAUACCCAGGUCUCAGCCUGGAGUAGCCUCUGGUAACGACGGCCCACAACGGAUCAUGGACAGCAGCGUGGUCAGCGGGCAUAACCCACGUAGACCGCCAGCCAAUACAAUGACCUUUCAGAACAAUCCUCAAGCCCGCGCUAGACCUGCCAGUGUUAUGGGUUCAUCUCCACAUGUCAGAGGGGUCAUUUCACGACCCCCAGGGGAGGGCAGACCUCGCUCACAGCUCGGCGGACCUACUGGGCCCCCUCUGAGACGACAGAGUGCUGGUAGAGACGACAAGGGGAAUCUUCAUGGGGAUCAGAAUUCAAACAACAGCAAUAACCACCAGUACAGCCGGCCCCACACAGAGAGGCCAAAGUCUGUCCCUCCGCAGCUGUUUAACAAGUCGAAUGACCCUGGAGGCAGUAGUGGCGUAGGUUAUCCACCGAGAGACAUGCCCGUGCCACCUCCGAGACGUGGCAGGGACCAACUGAUGCGGGAUGAACGAGGAUCUCGCGACGACCCGGAUGGAGGGGAUUUCCGAGAUAUCCCUCCACAACAGCAGCAGCAGAUGCCGUCAGUAUCUUUGAUAAGAGAACCGAGUCGGCCAGGGUCAAGGCCAAGCGUUCAGUCGAUGAUUCGUGAUCAGGAGGGACAAAUGCGUCCCCAGCAACACUCCCCAGGGUCUCAGCAGAUGCCAGGUCGCAACCCUUCUCUAGGCGGUGCCCGUCAAAACAGCACUGGGAGUUUGCCGUCCCCUCUUCAAGAUCCUCGCACUCCGAGACAACAUGAGUCCAACAACCCCAGUAGCUCGCGGCCCAACACGAUGGGUCAAAACUCUUCAAGACCCGACUCUUUGCCUUUAACUUCUCAUCGAGAAGUCGGCCAGUUAAGCCACUCAGCGAAUUCAAACCAUCAGUCAGGAUAUGGGACAGUUGGAGGCAGAGCUCAGCAGGACUCGUACAUGACCCGUUCUCAGUCCAGUUUAGGUCGUCCAGUAAGCAGCGCUCCCUCUGUGCCUCAGGGAGUCCCCUAUGGAAGAAGCAACACCCCAGGCCCUCAGCCAGUGCGGCGAGAGCCUCCUCGGAACACACUACCCCCCAGAGAUGUCAAAGAUGGGUCGAGGCCGCUUAGGGACUUCUCGGGAUCUGGCUACCAGCCCACCUCUAAUGCAAGUGGACCUGGGUUCGAUCCAGGUCAUGAUGCUCAUAGGGCAUCGGGACAAUUCCGUGGAGGUAGCGAGCCUAGAGAUAUGCCAGCUGGGCCUUCAAGGGGCGGUGUUGCUGCUACUCAUGGGUACCCCCCACCUGCCCAUCAGGACCACCGAGGUGUUGACCCAAAGAGCAACUACCACAACCCUCCUCUCGCCCCCGCUCACCACCAUCAGAGUCAUUCCCAGGGUCCUCCAUCCCACCGGGGCAGCGUGGGUGGCAGUAGCGCUGUUGGUUCCUCCAGGGUAGACGGCAUCUCUAACGGGCCAGUUCAGCCGCAGUACGGCAACUCCAACCUCCCCCCUCCUCCACCAAACUCGUCUCAACAGCAGCAGCAUCAGCAAAACACCAACAGCAUUCCACCUCAGAUUCGGUCACAGGGGAAGCCCGUGUUGAACUCUCCUUCUUAUGGCCCUCCUCCGCUGUCGAGCAGUAACAAGGGGUCACAACAACACCCGUCCCAGAUGAGAGGAGAGCUUGGGGAUCUGUGUUCCCCUGACCAAGGUCCCAGCAUUCCACAGUCAUUGCCUAGCCCCGGGCCGAUGAAGUCCCCUGGCGGUCAGAACCCACCGCCUCCAGCGGAUAACAGGGAUGCAGGGGACGGCACACAGCCCAAGCACUCCAACUCUAUUUGGCGACCCCGGUGGUCUUGAGCUACUUGGCAUGCGGGAACCAAGCAUGUGAAUACUGUUGUUGAUUUUGUUUUCUGUACUUUAGGCCACGCUCUACCAACUAAGAACCACCUACACUUACUUCUUUCUUUCCAUUCAGCAUGACCAUUUCGUUAACGUUGUUGUGCCUUGAGCAUUCGUACCCCUAUUUGUUUGUUAAUAUUGUACUAUUUAUUUUUUCCUAAACCCCAGUUUGUUUUUUUCCUUGUGUUUGUGUUAUGCUGUAGUAAAUUAGGCUCAAGCUGUUUGUAAGCAAUGUAAUGCACUGUUCCCCUACCUCUUCUAAUUCUGUAUAUUGUUAGGGCAAGGGUAAAACCAUGCAGCUUCUUUUAAAAACUUAUUAUUAUUAUUUUUCAUGUUUCUGAUUGAGUUGCUUGGUUUUCAACUUGCUUUGACAAUAUGGCUUGUAUAUGCUCAUGCCCAUGGCUUUUGACAUCUCACACAAUUUGCUAAUGUGGUGUCAACAAGACAACAAUGGUUUUAUCCGGCAUUUUGUGUAUUCGGUGUGUUCAGUUCCACCUGAAAUAUUAUUUUCCAGAACUUGCCUCUUGCUCGAGUUUGAUUUUACAUUAUUUUCGUGUGCUACUAGCAUGUUUUCUUAUCCAUUGCACUCUUUUUAAUAGCACCCUCCCCCCCAUCUUUGUUUACUCAAUCCUCACCUCAGUAUGCUCUAAUUGUUCUUCAAGUGUGGUCAAUCUGUGACUCUAAAGCUCAGUGUGGCUGCCUGUCAAGCCUUUCCUCAAUUCCUCUUUUUUUCUUGGCCUUGUUAUUGGAUUAUUUUUUUUAAUGUUUCCACUGCCACCCUUCCCCCUCCCCCCCCUACCCAUCCGCCCCUUUUUUUUUCCAGUUGACAUUUCUAAGCUUUCGGCAAUCAACUUCCAGUGAUUGUUUCUGGCUUCCUUCCCUCUAGCAUUUCCAUGUUCAGCAUUUUUACCGCCUAGCCUUUUGGUAUUUCAAUUUCCUUCACCCAGUUGCUUUUUUUUAUUUAUUUAUUUUUUUAAUUAAUAAAUUUAGCUAUACCAAUUGAUUUUGAACCUAUCGUUCGGAUAUAUAAACUUGCCUUUCCUUGCACUCUUUCACAGUAAGAAAAUAUUGGAGGGUAGUCCUAAUUAAUUGUGAAUGGGUCCUAAUUAAUUGUGGACUGCAUUGUGUUAGAUAUUUUAAGGUUUUAUUUUUGUUUUUCACCUUAUUAUAUCAUUCAGUAUAUAAAUCAUGGCCUCAGUGUUGAAAGUUUCAUUAACAUAA